AUGCUUUCAACAUUUUCUCAUGGUUUUUCUUCUGAAAUAAAUGGAAAACCAUUUCAAAGAAUUGAAAUGAAAAGCGUAAAGUGCAAAGUGGUGAAAGAUUUUUAUUUUCCCAACAUGACUUGCUAUGCAAAGCCUUUCAAUCGGACAGCUUACACGUACACAAUUUACGUUAGAUUUAAAAAACCUUUGGAUGAUUUUUACGAACAACUCUUUCUGGAAUAUCGCUAUGGUAAUAUUUACAGAGAAAUCGGCAAAUCUCCUAAGUUCAAUUGGUGCUCCGUGGCGAACAACACAAAUCCGAUCGUCAGAUUUUACUACAGAUCUUUAAAAGUUUCAGGCGAGAAAAUAAUCAAAAAAUGUCCGAAUAUUUAA